AUGUGGGAACAAAAGAACCUAAAAGCCAAAGUACGAGAAACGGAGAAGCCUUUCUGUGCGGACCACAAAGCUGAACAGUUUAUCUUUCUUCAUAGCAGUGGCUGUUCAGUCUCAUCAGAACCAGCACUGUCAUCAUCAUCUGUUGCCUGCCACAUGGAGCUUGAUGACUACCGAACCUUAUCCUUGUCCGGGCAUGUUGGUUUUGAUAGUUUACCUGAUCAGCUGGUUAAAAAAUACAUCAAGCAGGGCUUCUGCUUCAACAUUCUUUGCAUUGGGGAAACUGGAUGUGGGAAAUCAACCUUGAUAAGCAGUUUGUUUAAGACCAAUUUUGAUGACCCUGUGUUGAUGCAUUUUCUGCCAAAUGUACGAUUUAGAGCCCAGACUUAUGAACUCUGGGAAAGCAAUAUUCUUUUGGAGCUGACAGUUGUAAAUACAGAGGGAUUUGGUGACCAGAUGGACAGAGAAGACAACUAUCAACCAAUAGUGGAUUAUAUAGAUGAACAAUUUGAAGCCUAUCUUCAGGAUGAACUGAUAAUUAAACCUUCUUUAUUUAGCUACCAGGAUACUCGCAUCCAUGUCUGCCUCUAUUUCAUUUCACCUACAGGCCAUGCCCUAAAAGCCCUAGAUUUGUUAACCAUGAAAAGCAUAGACGAGAAGGUGAACAUUAUACCAAUUAUAGGCAAAGCAGACAGCAUUUCUAAAACUGAACUACGGAAGCUCAAGGACAAAAUCAUGAGUGAAAUAGUUAGUAAUGGCAUCCAGACAUACCAGUUUCCAACUGAUGAUGAAACAGUUUCUAAACUUAAUACCAUCAUGAACGGGCAUUUGCCAUUUGCCGUAGUUGGAAGUACAGAAGAGGUGAAAAUCGGAAACAAAAUGGUGAGAGCUCGUCAGUACCCUUGGGGAGUUGUAGAAGUGGAAAAUGGGAACCACUGUGACCUUGUAAAGCUGCGCAAGGUGCUUGUUUGCAAUAUGAAAGACUUAAAAGAGCAGACCCAUGCACGGUAUUAUGAGUUGUACAGGCGCUGCAGACUGGAGGAGAUGGGCUUCAGUGACAUUGGUCCUGAGAACAAAUCAGACAGUCUACAGGAAGCCUAUGAGGCAGAGAGGCAUGAGUUCUCCCCUGAAGUGCAAAGAAAAGAGGAGGAGAUGAAACAACAGUUUCUAUUGAAAGAAGCAGAGCAACAG